AUGCCAAAUAAUUGUCGAUAUCCAGUUUAUACUCGUGAUCUGUAUCCUAUCAAUGUGUUAUAUCCCUCUGUGUAUACAACAGAGCUUAGUUGUCUACAGAAUGUCUUCAGGGAAUAUUAUUACAUAAUUAUCAAUUGUAUAAUCCCGUAUACAUCUAUACUCAACAUUCUAACUGGUAUCCCAUUGAUUGUUCUGCUCAAAUUGAAAGUGAAACCGACGAAUUAUUAUCUACACAACUGGGGUAUAUUUAUCCUACUCAAUCAUAUCGCCUAUAUCCUCAUCACCCUAUUCCAAUGGUUAUCUUAUCUAAUCCAUUCGAAACCACUGACCAUUUCAUCCGAUUUGAUGUGUAAACUGAUGAAUUCGACGUUUCGUUUCAUCACCUACAUCCAGUUUAAUUCAACUAUUUUAAUUAUUAGUCGUGAACUCUUAGUGUAUAAUCGGCGACUUCGUCGAUGGAGUCGUGAAUUCACUCUAAUGCAUAGUACACCCUCUAAAUCAAUAUUUUGGUUAAUGCUUAGUUUAAGCAUUCUCCUGUCGAUUCUCCAGACAUUACCAAGUUAUUUUAUCAGUCAGUUGAAAUGUGACAAUCACGAGAAUACUAAAACUGAUACUAAUAAUAAUUCGACAGUGACAAGGAGAAGUGAUGUGGUUGUUCAAUGUCAGUGUAUUAUACAACCGAUAUGGUUGAGUAUAUCCGAGGACUACACCGCUUGGUAUAAACUACAUCGAAUUGUGUUUUGUGAAGGUGUACUGCCUAUCGUCUGUUUGAUAUUUCUCUCACAGAAAUUAUUGUUGAAACUGAAAAUCCAUUGUCUUAUUGUACAAUCUAUGCGACAUGAUAUUUCCUCUAGUCAGGGAUUGUACACCACCCUUCAAGAGGUAUUCAACAAUACCAUAGGCGAUAGUAACAACAACCUGAAGAUUCUCUAUAUUUACACAUUGGCGUUAAUUAUCUCUUCACUGGUAUAUUGUGUCUAUUACACGCUAAUCUAUUAUGUAUACUCGAUGGAUGUUGAAUAUAAUAUCCUACGUUAUUACCUGGAUGAUAUCCCGACAGGAUUAUUAUUCAUCGAUGGGUUAGCUCUAGUGAUACGGACUAUAUCAUAUAACAUAUUUCUAAUUCUCUGGUAUAAAUACAUCCCAGAGAUAAACAUGCUUGGACAACAUCUAUGGUGUAAACUGAUGACACAGAUUUCGGCAAAGUGUAGGCUUAUCUUUCUACGAUCAUUUGGUGUCUACUUCCUUCGGUAUGCAUCAAAAUCACAUCAUCAUCAUCAACAACUGAGUGCUUAUAGCCGUCGUCGACGUCAGCGUCGUCGUCGCAGCCGUCGUCAAUAUCCAUAUCUAUCGCAUUCUGUAAAUCGGACAUCUUAUCGAUCGGAUCAAUCAAUUCCACGUGAGCGAAAUCUGUCUAAGCCGGAAUAUUAUUAUGCUAAGAUGAUGAAUCUAUCAAAAGAAGGCUUGGAGACACUGAAAUCUGGGUCAAAAUUGAAUGCACUGCUGAGAAGAAGAUCAUCAUCAAAACAGUUGGAUUGA